UUCUAUUCCAGAACGAGAGCCAAUCACAGGACCAUACAAUAGAAUCUGGAUAACGAGAAACACAUUGAAAAAAAAAAAAACGAACACGCGACGCCAAGUUAACGGUUCAACCGCUGAACCAGUUAAUCGGAUAGUCCAUCUUCAUCCUCCCCACUACUCCUUCAAUCUCCCUCUUCUCUGUCUUCUACUCUGUUCUUUCUGAUUCUUUGUAUAUUCCCAUUUUCUAGGGUUUCCAAAUGCCAGCGAUCGAACCUCUGGGACCUGUAAUUUACAGAAAAUUAUCUGUAAAUUCGGACAAUAAUCGCAACAAAUUGUAUAGAUAUGGUUUUUUCUGUCAUAAAUUUAGGGUUUUUCACCAAGAACCAAGUCGAUUUCUUUCUAAUUCGAUGUCGAUUAACAUGUACAGACAUGCUAGGGUUUCUUGGGGCUUAAAUAGGUUCGACCUGUGGGGAGGAGGGUUUCUGAUGAACCAAGGUUGGAGAGAGAGUCGAAUUCAAGCUAACAGUUCUUGCGAGCAAGACACCGACUCGAAGGCGAGCUCGGGCGAGAAGAGCGAACCCAAGGGCGGUGAGAGUAAAGGAGUGAGCAAGAAGAAGCCACCGAGUUCGAGUUCCAGCUCUUCGCCGCCGGCGAAGAGAGAGAAGCAAGGGAAAGGUGGGUGGUGGAAGGGCGGGAAGUGGCGGUGGCAGCCGAUAAUUCAGGCGCAAGAGAUCGGUAUGUUGUUGUUGCAAUUGGGGAUUGUUAUGUUUGUUAUGAGGUUGCUUCGGCCCGGGAUUCCAUUACCCGGUUCAGAGCCAAGGACUCCAACGACGUUCGUGAGCGUUCCAUAUAGUGAUUUUUUGAAUAAGAUUAAUAGUAAUCAGGUGCAGAAAGUUGAAGUGGAUGGUGUUCAUUUAAUGUUUAAGUUGAAAUCAGAGCCGGGUUGUGUGGAAAGUGAAGUGGGCAGCACUAGUAGUAGCAAGUUUCAGGAUUCAGAGGUGUUGUUGCGGAGUGUUGCCCCAACGAAGCGUAUUGUGUAUACCACAACUCGUCCUAGUGACAUUAAGGCUCCCUAUGAGAAGAUGCUUGAGAAUGAUGUUGAGUUUGGGUCUCCUGACAAGCGGUCUGGAGGAUUUUUAAACUCGGCACUGAUAGCUUUGUUCUAUGUUGCUGUGCUUGCGGGGCUUCUUCAUCGUUUCCCUGUAAGCUUCUCUCAGCAUACAGCUGGUCAGCUUAGGAACCGCAAGUCUGGGACUUCUGGUGGAGCAAAAGUGUCUGAACAAGGGGAAUCUAUCACAUUUGCUGAUGUUGCGGGUGUUGAUGAGGCUAAGGAGGAGCUAGAAGAAAUUGUGGAAUUUCUUAGGAAUCCAGACAGGUACAUACGACUCGGUGCUCGUCCUCCUCGGGGUGUUCUCCUGGUGGGUCUUCCCGGGACAGGUAAGACUCUUUUAGCAAAGGCCGUUGCUGGGGAAGCUGAAGUACCUUUUAUUAGUUGUUCUGCAAGUGAGUUUGUGGAAUUGUAUGUUGGCAUGGGAGCAUCCCGUGUCAGAGAUCUCUUUGCACGAGCUAAGAAGGAGGCACCAUCAAUAAUAUUUAUAGAUGAGAUAGAUGCUGUAGCAAAAAGCCGUGAUGGUAGAUUUCGCGUUGUCAGUAAUGAUGAACGAGAACAGACCUUGAACCAGUUGCUCACUGAGAUGGAUGGGUUUGAUAGCAACUCUGCUGUGAUAGUUCUUGGAGCAACCAAUCGCUCUGAUGUCUUGGACCCUGCACUUCGGCGACCUGGGAGAUUUGAUCGUGUCGUCACGGUUGAAACACCUGAUAGGACUGGAAGAGAAGCCAUUUUGAAAGUACAUGUUUCUAAGAAAGAACUUCCUUUAGGAGAGGAUGUGGGUCUUGCUGAUAUUGCUUCUAUGACUACCGGUUUUACUGGGGCAGACCUUGCAAAUUUGGUAAAUGAGGCUGCUUUGUUGGCGGGAAGACAAAAUAAAGUUGUUGUGGAGAAAAUUGACUUUAUUCAAGCGGUGGAGCGAUCGAUAGCUGGGAUUGAAAAGAAAACCGCCAAGUUGCAGGGAAGUGAGAAGGCUGCAGUUGCACGACAUGAAGCUGGUCAUGCAGUAGUAGGGACUGCUGUGGCAAAUCUUCUUCCUGGGCAGCCACGUGUUGAGAAGUUGAGUAUACUGCCGAGGUCAGGAGGGGCAUUGGGGUUUACUUACACUCCUCCCACCACUGAGGAUAGAUAUUUGCUCUUUGUUGAUGAGUUACAUGGACGCUUGGUUACUCUUCUUGGAGGACGUGCAGCUGAAGAAGUUGUUUAUGCAGGCCGUGUGUCAACAGGUGCACUUGAUGAUAUACGGCGAGCAACAGACAUGGCCUACAAGGCAGUGGCUGAGUAUGGUCUUAAUCAGACAAUUGGCCCCAUUUCUUUGGCAACACUUUCUAGUGGUGGGGCUGAUGAAUCUGGGGGAGCUAUUCCUUGGGGAAGGGAUCAGGGGCAUCUUGUCGACCUUGUUCAAAGUGAGGUUAAGGCAUUGCUUCAGUCUGCCCUUGAUGUGGCACUCUCUGUUGUGCGAGCUAAUCCUACUGUUCUGGAGGGGCUUGGUGCACAUUUGGAAGAAAAAGAGAAAGUAGAGGGUGAAGAGCUGCAGGAGUGGUUGAAAUUGGUGGUUGCUCCAGCAGAACUUAAAUUCUUCAUUAGUGGAAAGCAAGAGUUUCCUCUUCCACUGCAGACGGGUUCUGGGUAACAUCUACUGCAUGUUGUGGACUCAUCAACCUCUGGUAAAAGUGCAGGUUUAAAAUUCUGCAUUCAACAGUGGCUUCAUCAUUUGUGAGUAAACCAUGCCAUUGUUACCUUAUUGAGCACACCUCGUGAUCAGCACUGACUCACCCUUGCGACUUUGUAAAUUUCGGUAAGGUAAUUUUGCGUUAAUUUUAACAUCUACAUUCUUUUUCUUUGUUUAUACUUUAAUAACGGCUGAAAUACAUACAAACAUGGGCAACAAUCAAGGACUUAAUGCUGUCAGAGCUUCCCGUGUUGUACCAUCUUAACAUCGAAAGGAAAAGGGCUGUUAUAUCUAGUUGUUGCAUGUUGGUUUUUGCAUUUUGUAUAUCUGGCUGUUAUUUCGUUGUUUUUAAUUUUUAAUUUUUUUUUUAAUGAAUCUGUUAUCAUGUUAUUUUGUACUGUACAAUUUUUUUUCCUUUCUUUGUGGGAUCAUUUUCCCAUGAGAGAAUUAUAGAAUGUAACUUUGUUACUGUUGUACACAUUAUUAUUCCUUGAAUCAAAUAAACAUUCUACAUGUUGGUUUA